AUGGUGUGGGCUCAGCUAGAAGUGACAACACCUCAUAUAGCUUAUGCGUGUGUUGGUAUAUUCAGCACUUUGUUCUCCCUAGUGUCAUUAUUUGUCAAGGAACGAUUGUAUAUUGGUGAAGCAACUGUUGCCAGUAUCGCAGGACUUAUCUUGGGGCCGCAUUGUCUUAAUUGGUUUGCACCCACGACCUGGGGUAAUUCAGAUUUGAUAACGUUGGAGAUAUGUCGAAUAGUCUUGUGUAUUCAGAUUGUGGCUGUUUCGGUUGAGUUGCCGAGAAAAUAUAUGAAGAAACACUGGCUAUCAGUAGCCAUUCUUUUGCUUCCCGUAAUGACAGUUGGUUGGUUGGUUGUGGGACUCUUUAUCUGGGCCUUGAUUCCUCAUUUCAGUUUUAACGAUGGCUUGUUGGUCAGUGCUUGUGUAACUGCAACUGACCCAGUACUUGCAGCUGCUGUUGUUGGUAAAGGUAAGUUUGCUGAAAGAGUCCCUGGUCACUUGCGUAACUUGUUAUCUGCAGAGUCUGGCUGUAAUGACGGAAUGGCAUUUCCUUUCAUCUACUUAUCUCUCAACUUGAUUGCUCAUUCAGGACAUGGUGGAGAAAUUGUAAAGGAUUGGAUAUUAUUGACGAUUCUAUGGGAAUGUGUCUUUGGAUGUGUAUUGGGAGUUGUUAUUGGCUACGUUUUGAGAAAGCUUGUUGAAUUUGCCGAAAGCAAGAACUUGAUUGACCGUGAGUCGUUUUUGGCAAUUUUUGUAUUUAUCGCCUUCAAUUCAGCAGGAAUCGGAUCCAUGUUGGGUGUCGACGAUUUAUUGGUGUCUUUUGCUGCAGGAACAACUUUUGGGUGGAAUGGUGCAUUCGCAAAAAAGACUGAAGAGUCACAUGUCUCCACUGUUAUUGAUUUGCUUCUAAACUUGUCAUUUUUUGUCUACUUUGGUGCUAUUAUCCCAUGGCCCCAGUUUAACGAUGGUACCAUAGGAUUGGAUGUUUGGAGAUUGAUUGUCUUGUCGUUUGUCAUUAUAUUUUUGAGAAGAUUGCCAGCAGUUGUAUGCUUGAAACCAUUUACCCCCGACAUUAAAACGUGGAGAGAGGCAUUCUUUUGUGGCCAUUUUGGUCCUAUUGGGGUUGGUGCUAUUUUUGCAAGUAUAUUAGCAAGAUCCGAUCUUGAGGGUUAUUUCACAGAAGAGGAGACUCCUUUAAACGAAGUACCUGGCAAAGGCUUUCCUCAUGAUCAGUUGCUUGUUACUAUCUGGCCACUUGUGUGUUUUAUUGUGAUAACAUCCAUUAUCGUGCAUGGCUCCUCUGUGGCGGUUUUAACACUAGGCAAGAGGUUGAACCGAAUGGCCAUCACCAUGUCAUUUACAACAACAAACGGUGAAACAGGUGGUGGUGGUUCAAACUGGAUGCAAAGAUUACAGAAACUCGAUAGGGCAAACACUUCAUUCUCGUUGCAUAGAGUUGACACGAUGGCUCCUGAUGAAAAAGAAGAGCAGGAAGGUGCACAAGAUCAAAGUCAACUACCCGAGACUAGUGGUAUCAAAGUACGUCCCGCUGGUGGAGCAAAGAGGAGAAAGAAGAAGCGGAGAAAUCAAAAACAAGGGCUUAUCCAGAAAACCUUGUCAAGAGUCACUAGCGGUGAUGAGGAAGCACAGCAGACAAGACAUAGACCACACCAAGAGGUUUUACAGUUGGGUGGUGGACCCCAGCAUACCCCUACAAAGAGCACAUCUUCUUCAGAACCCGAAGUAACGGCAGAAGUGAAGAAUUCGUCGUCAUCUACAGAAGGAGAGCACUUACUUGAUCCAAAUGAAAAAAUAUCUGGUAGACUGGAGUACGGUGAACGCAGCAAACCAGAGACACCAGUUCCAACAUCAGCGUAUCAAGAAGGAGAUAAGAUAAUUAUAGAAGAUCAAUUUGGUGAAAUUAUGGAUAAUCUUACGUUGGGUAAAAAGGGAGCGAUUGCUAAUAAAGGGAAGAACCAGGAGGGAGGUACCUCACUAUCUGGUGUUGAGGAGCCACAGCAGCAUGAGAGAGAUGAAGAAAGGGAAGAUGAAAGUAUUCACUCGGCGGGAUCGUUGGAGAGACAGCUUUCUCAAUACUCUAAUGGGUCUACCAUUAAGAGCCAACCAUCAGAAUCCGACAACGAACAAGGCCCCGGCAGGAAAAUGUCCCCCUUACAUAAACGGUUAUCUCGCUCAGCAUCUCGACGCACGUUUUACAGAAAAGACGACCCUAAUAAGAAGAAAGUUUAUGCCCAUCGUAUUGACAAUAUUAUCACCAUUGAGAAUGAAGAUGGUGAAAUCAUAAGAAGGUACAAAGUUAAUCGCCAUGCCUCCACGUCAAAUGCCACCCCAAACAGAUCAAGAUCAUCCACAUUGGUUGGUAAAAUGAAAUCGCUUGUAGGAAUCAAACCUACAACCACUGCUUCUUCACAAGCCACUAGUGCCGCUGAUCCAACUGUCUCAAGCCCCGGUGUGCCACCGCAGGUGAAUGUCACUGAUUUAGAAAGCGGUACGCAUCAUAACAUUCUCAUUCCCCAGGCUGAACGCGAUCCACAUCCUGAUAGUUCUAAGCUUGAUAAGAUUGAAGACAAGAUUGCAACUAUUUUAGAAACAAAGCAUGAAAAGGGACAUCAUUCGGCGAUUAGGAAGGCAUCUCCACCACCACCGGGUCCUACCGCACAUGAUGCAAUUGAGGAAUUUGAUGAUGAGGAUAGUACUGAAGAUAAUGAGUAUGAUGAUCUGGACGAAGAUGAGGAAACCGAAGUUGAAAAAAGAAGAAGAUUACAAGCAUUGGGUAAAUUACCGACUACCAAUCGUGACCAGAAUGACGAAGAGUGA